UUAAACUAGCGAAAACGGGUCAGCUGUCAUAUGGAUAUUGCUCAACAUAUUGAUAAUGUAAACUUUAAUUUACAAUUAUUGAGUUUUUUUUAUUGUUAGCUAAGAAACAAACUAAAAUUAAAAUGGAAAGUGUUGUUGAUGAUUCGGGUGUACGUUUUUCUCCGAGGGAAACAAAAAAUUUAAGCUCCAAAGGCAAACGAAGAUUAAAACAAAAUGCAGUUCCUUCAUGUAAUUUACCUUCUACAGACAAGACACCAAGAUUAAUCACCAACAAAAAUACUGACAGAGAGACAAGAAGAUUACGAAGAGAUAAGAGUAGGAAUGAAGUAUUGCCAGCUAGUCAGCUUAGUUGUCAAGAUCAGGAUGUGUUAGAUACUAAUAACUUAGAUACUAAUAAUUUGACAGAGGAACCGGAUGACCAAGGAGAAAGUAGUUCCAUCAGUUUAGUUCAAGAUACACCUCUGCUUACAGAAAAUGACCAAAUUUUGGCUACAAAACGCCUGGUUGAUAUUGGUGUUCAGAUUAAAAGCGGGGAUUUAAUCACAGAUUUUUGUGAUAUUUUAAAAACUGAAAAAGAGCUCAACACACUAACUGGUAUUAUCAAUUUUGAUAUCUUAAAAACUAUUAUUGACGUGGUAAAGGAUGGCUUUCCUAAAUAUAGAUUUGAAACGAUGAACCUUCGAAUGUCGAAGAGUAGUCCUUAA